UGAUAGGGUGCUCAACAGUUUGACUGGCACUCCUGGAUCCAAAACAGCGUGUAACUUGCCUUCCUGCCUUCCUUUCUUGCUCAGUGUUUUAUUGGCUGCAAAAUCCCUAAAAAAAUUGAUAAGGCUACUGUGUGGUGGUAAUGCAGAGUCAAUGUACCUGGACUUGUUGUCAGAUGCUAGGAUGUUUGAGCUUUAAACCCUCCACAUUGUUUGCUUUUUCAAAGCAUCUACGUUCAACAAGCAGCGAUCGUCUUUGGACAAGAGGUUGCAGCCUUAGAGUUGCCAAUUACCCUUCCUUUAUGGCUACUCUCUCUACUGUUUCGACUGAGAAAGAUGCCGUUUCGAGCCAGAACGACUCCGCUCAGAAACCUCAGCCACCCUUGCAGGUCGCAAAGCGCUUGGAGAAGUUCAAAACUACUAUCUUCACCCAGAUGAGUUCACUUGCAAUCAAACACGGAGCAAUAAACCUUGGCCAGGGUUUCCCCAACUUUGAUGGGCCAGAGUUUGUUAAAGAAGCUGCAAUUCAAGCCAUUAAGGAUGGGAAGAACCAAUAUGCUCGUGGAUAUGGAGUUCCAGAGCUUAACUCUACCAUUGCUUCAAGGUUCAAGAAAGAUACAGGACUUGUGGUGGACCCAGAGAAGGAAAUUACUGUUACCUCUGGUUGCACCGAAGCUAUUGCUGCUACGAUAUUGGGCUUGAUAAAUCCUGGUGAUGAGGUUAUUCUCUUUGCCCCUUUUUAUGAUUCAUAUGAAGCUACUCUCUCAAUGGCGGGUGCCAAGAUAAGGUGCAUCACAUUGCGCCCUCCAGAUUUCGCUGUACCCAUCAAUGAGCUUAAGUCUGCAAUUACGGAGAAUACGCGUGCAAUACUCUUAAAUACUCCGCAUAACCCAACUGGAAAGAUGUUCACUAGGGAGGAACUCAACACGAUUGCAUCUCUUUGCAUUGAGAAUGAUGUGUUGGUUUUUGCCGAUGAAGUUUAUGAUAAGUUGGCUUUCGAAAUGGAGCACAUUUCUAUGGCCUCUCUUCCUGGAAUGUAUGAACGCACAGUGACAAUGAAUUCUUUGGGGAAGACAUUUUCCUUAACUGGGUGGAAGAUUGGGUGGGCAAUAGCUCCUCCACACCUAACAUGGGGAUUGCGACAGGCACAUGCAUUUCUCACCUUUGCUACCUCCACACCAAUGCAGUGGGCAGCUGCGACAGCUCUUAAUGCCCCAGACUCUUACUACAUUGAGCUAAAGAGGGAUUAUAUGGCAAAGAAGGAAAUACUUGUGGAAGGCUUGAAGGCAGUUGGUUUCAAGGUAUUCCCAUCUAGUGGGACUUAUUUUGUGGUAGUAGAUCACACUCCUUUUGGUUUGGACAAUGACAUUGCCUUCUGCGAGUACCUGAUCAAGGAAGUUGGGGUGGUAGCAAUUCCAACCAGUGUAUUUUAUUUGAACCCGGAAGAGGGAAAGAAUUUGAUUCGAUUCACCUUCUGCAAAGAUGAGGAAACCCUGAGAACUGCAGUUGAGAGGAUGAAGGAGAAGCUGAGGAGAGGAUGAUAAGGUCAUUUUCUCUAGCAAUACUUCCAGGAUUUGACUUGUUUGCACACACACAGUGAGCAUAUCAAGUUGAUAAUGUCUAAUGAUCAUCAAAUGCUGUAUUCAAAUAAAGGUUUUUGAUUUGAGAGCAUAUGCUUGUUGUCUUUGUAUAUCACCAUAUGCAUAGAUAUUUAGA